AUUCAUUCGAUCUCUAUUCUGAGUUGCACUUUUAAUGACAUUUUCAGGAAUGGAAAUCUCCUAAACCAAUGCACUUGCAACUAUUAAAAGGUGCUUUGCAGCAUCAAUUGAUGGAUGAUAAGCAAUCGGAUCUUUGGAGCCCAUUGCCUAGUCAAGGUUGGAAAGCUUGCAAUGCACCUUUUAGCACUCCAGUGCUCCCAAGGAGAUCACAGGGAUAUAUCCAGGUCUUUCUUGAUGGAGGUUUGAACCAGCAGAGAAUGGGGAUAUGCGAUGCAGUUGCUGUUGCUAAAAUAUUAAAUGCAACCCUUGUGAUUCCUCAUUUUGAAGUGAAUCCAGUUUGGCGAGAUUCAAGCACCUUUGGGGACAUAUUUGAUGUCGAUUACUUUAUUCAUGUCCUGAAGGAUGACAUUAACAUUGUAAAAGAGUUACCCGGAAGGUUCUCAUGGAGCACUAGAGAGUAUUAUGCUACUGCCAUUCGAUCAACUAGAGUUAAGACGGCCCCUGUUCAGGCUUCAGCAAAUUGGUAUCUGGAGAAUGUUUUACCAAUUUUGCAGAGCUAUGGCAUUGCUGCUGUUGCUCCUUUUUCUCAUCGUCUAGCCUUCGACAACUUGCCCAAAGAAAUCCAAAGGCUACGUUGUAAGGUCAAUUUUGAAGCUUUGGCCUUUGUUCCACAUAUCAAUGCUUUGGGACAAACCCUUGUCAAACGCCUAAGAUACCCAUUAGGUGAUGGAGGAUUGUUGAGGGAAAAAGUUGAUGCAGAGAUCAAUCCAAUUUCUGGAAAAUUUGUUGUUCUGCAUCUUCGUUUUGACAAGGAUAUGGCUGCUCAUUCAGCAUGUGAUUUUGGUGGUGGCAAGGCUGAGAAGCUUGCCCUUGCUAAGUACCGGCAAGUGAUUUGGCAAGGCAGGGUCUUGAAUUCACAAUUCACAGAUGAGGAGUUGAGGAAUCAAGGCCGCUGCCCCCUAACCCCUGAAGAAAUUGGAUUGUUGCUUGCAGCUUUGGGCUUUGAUAAUAAUACCAGGCUCUAUCUUGCCUCACACAAGGUGUAUGGUGGUGAAGCAAGGAUCUCAACCCUACGCGAACUGUUCCCACUGAUGGAGGACAAGAAAAGCCUGGCAUCCAAAGAGGAACUAGCAAUGGUAGAAGGGAAAGCGUCAAUGUUGGCCGCCCUUGACUAUUAUGUGAGCCUUCACAGUGAUGUGUUCAUUUCUGCAUCUCCUGGCAACAUGCAUAAUGCAAUGGUGGGGCAUCGAACUUACUUGAAUUUGAAAACAAUAAGGCCAAACAUGGGUUUGUUGGGCCAGUUGUAUCUGAACAAGAGCAUGGGUUGGUCAGAUUUUCAAGCGGCAGUGCGCAAGGGCCAUGAACAGAGGCAAGGGAAGAUGAGAUUACGCAAAGCAAAGCAGUCGAUAUAUACAUAUCCUGCCCCUGAUUGCAUGUGUGGUAGUGUUUAAAUGAAGGUGUGCUGUGGAGCUUUGAAGGCUUGGUUUGAGAUGCCUUGAGUUGUAUUGUUGUUGUAAAAUAUGAUAAAGUUGUGAGUUAUAAUGCUCAAUCCUAGCAUCAUUGGGUGGUUGUCUUAUGCUGAGAUAUUUCUACUGUGGCCUUUUAUGCCAUAAAUUCAAUAAGUCAUUGGCAGUAUUUGAAACAA